AAAAAGUGUUGAAAGAGUUAGGAUAACCCAGACUCUCUGUCAGUGUUAGGAGGGCGAAGGCUGACGACAGGAGACACUAAAAGGCUUGAGAAAUCGAAGGGUACGAAGAGGAAGCAACGGGAGCAGGGCUGAUUAGUGUCAGUACCAUUUCCCCAGGGUACUCCUAGUCGAAUUUAUUGAAUUCAUAAAUUGAUUGAAAAUUUGUAUGGCUGAAACUGGAGAUGAAAUGUUGGAUGAACAAGCCGGUGACUAUGGAGAUGUGUUGCAGUUGAGUAAGGAAGACAUAAUGAGUAAGGCAUUCCAAAGCGAUGAAGCAGCAUAUGAAUUUUAUCGGAGGUAUUAACGCGUAGGUCUUCAAGACAAGUUCUGUGCCAGUUUUCAGACAACAUCCCAAUGCGAAGGUAAUAACGCAUACGUAAAGAAUUUUCUUAAGUAAAUGCACAAUCUUCUUGAUAUAGUUCAAAAUUUGGAGUUGGUCGUGCGAGAUUACCAAAAUAACGAAUUACUUGCACAAUUUAGAUCACUUCAUGGGUCUCCAGUUAUGACAACUUGUUUGGAUCCUCUUGAAAAGUAUGCUGUAGAUCUAUAUACACGGGAGACCUUUGUCGAUACAAAGAAAGAAAUAGUGGGUGUCGGUGCAGUUAAUUUUUUAGCCAAGAUUAGAUGUUCAAUAAUAAUGGUGUACACAUUGGAGGAAUACGACCAACUGGGUAGAGAGAUUGUUGUGUUGUAUAAUAGAGUUUCGAGGAAAUUAGAGUGUCGAUGUCAUUUUUGGAACCAAAAGGGAAUUCCUGUCGUCACAUAUUUUUUGUCAUGAAGCAUGAGCAUUAGAUUGUGAUUCCUGAGAUGUUCAUUUUGAAAAGGUGGCACAAGAAUGCAAAGUCAUUGGAUAAAUAUGCCGACAUAACAGAAGUUGGUAGUGAGAGGGAUUUCUUGUUGCAUCAUGGAGAACUUCAUGCAGCCGCACAGUGGAUGCUAUAUGUGGGAGCUAGGAGCCCAUCGUUGUUCUCACAUGUGCUUAACGGAAUCCAUACACUCUUACCGGAACUCGAUAGUGGCCAUGAACAUGUCCAUCAGAAGAAAGAAAAAGAUACGGUUGAGAUAUAUGACCCUGAUGUGGUGAAGACCAAGGGUGCCCCUCAUGUUUUGAGGCAGGUCAGAAAGAAGAGGCGCUGCACCCAUUGCAAGAAAACAAGGCACACAAAACGGCACUACAAUGCGGAUCGUGCUGUUAUUUCAAAAGUUGAAGACAACAAAGCUUUUGAAGCAACAAAUUUAGGGUCAGAGGGGUCAUCGCCAACGAAAAAGGUGAAAACGCCGCUUCUCAUUUCUUAUUGUGGCAAAUACAUUCAUGUGUUUCAAACAUUGUGAGAAGUUAUUCUUCAUGAUGAUCGCAGCACCCUGAUUACCGCGCAGGUCUAAUUCGACAAGGGCAACAUGGGUGAACCUAAAGCUAAUAAAUUGGCUAUACAGGCAGAGUUAGAGGAAUCGAGUUGCAAGAUUAGAAUAAAAGAUAAAAUAGAUGCUACAACUGGUGUUGUGAGACUUUGGAAUGCGAGAGGAACAUAAGAAGUAACACGGAUGAGUUACUAUGGAUUGUUAAGUUUGUCCUGGUAAAAAAUAUGAGUUUGGCACUCAUGUUCUAGUGGCACCGAAUAAGAAAUUCUUAAACUAAAUGUGGUGAUACAAUUUACUUUACUUUGUGCAGCUGAUGAGUCUGAUAAUUGAUAUUAAUGCACAAAUAGGUUCGAGGCUCUCAGCAUAACUAGUAGCUUGAGACGGAUUUCAAUAGAGAAUUCAGUUUCAAAUAUUAUAACUGUACUUUAUACAUUGCCUUAUCUGAAGUUUAAGACUCUCCCUACUGAGUAUGUGAUUGGUUGGGUGGUUUACUACCUAAUUUAGUGUCAAUGAAACGUUAUUUU